CGAAAAUGAGUUUCCAGCUGGCCACCAUCACAUGGCACACAGCAUCAUCACCGGUGAAAAGGGUUGAAUCCUGGCUUGACCGGACGGCUGGCUGGGUAUGCCACUCAUAUAUGUGCGGCAUGGCUUCUGACCAUCAUCGUAGGGCAGCACUGUGGACUGUGUUGAUGUGGAGAGAGACAGAGAUAGUCUGGGUCAGGUAAAGUGCGGCGUGGUGGUGGGUUUAUCGGUUGUGUUAUUGUUGUACGAGAUUGGAUACAAGCUGCCACUGCUGCUGCUGCUGUUGCUGCUACUGCCACUGCUUGCUGUUUACCGGAUUUUGGUGCGAGGCGAGCAAGAGCGAGAGCAUAAGCAGCUACGCAACAUUAAAAAGGUUUACUGCCGGAAGAUGAACUUUGUGGGUUUGUGGGGGAGUGGACCGACCGAGGGUGGGUGGCAUCGGAUACAUGAUUAUGUAUAAAUAACCCCAUCGUGUGGGAAUGGGAACGUUGAGAGAAGCUGGCCCGAGAGUAUGCGAGCCUCCAUGGCUGGAAAAGUGUGUAUGAGAGUGGAUUUUGCGUGUAUACAUCGAACCAGGGUUCGGGGGGAUAUCUCGAGCCUCUUGUUGUUGGUCUGUUUGGUUGGGCGAAACCAAUGUGCUUAGUUAGUGCUCCCAGCCCAGUGCCUGCGUUUGAGCGCCGGAGAUGUUCUCGGUGUGCCGUGCAUCCUAAUUCAACUUGUUGUAAUUAUAGCGGCCAGAGGAAAACGCGCGCGUCGGGGUUUUUGUGGGGGCCGCUUGUGCGAGUAUAUGGCCACAACCCGUGCUGGAAUCCAUGCUCUAGCCAGGAUCCACUAGGGCAGCAAGGAAAACCAUAAAAGCGAUUUUAGUCUAAAACUGUGCUCGGCUGACUUUGGAAGCAAUUUCACCAAAGCUCCCGGAUCCAGAACUGUGACGUGGGAAUCCCAAAUCCUUCCGAGUAUCGGUGGUGGCGCUGACCAGAUCCUGCGGUGCAAAUCAGUAAUAACGAUAAAACCGAUUUUGUGGAACAUUUUUGACAACAUUUUCGCGGAGAGGUCUACGCCGGAGCAAAAAAAACCUGUCCCGGAGUGUGGGAUUGACCAACGGAAUAAAAAUCGCGCGUCCAUUAUAGAGUCCUUAAUAGAGUAAAGUGGUUGUUUUUUUACUCGUUCCGCGUUGGUUUUGGCCAACCUCCUGCCAACCAGUUGUGACUGUGUGACUGUGAGUGGUAUUGGGGGAAAAAAGUGACGCCUUCGGUGGGUGUAUGUGUGGCCACUGGAGCACGCCACUCUGGGGAUCGUAGGCCAGCCAGUGUUGCGGUGGUUAAAAGCUUUUUCCUCGCCGAAUUCCGGUUUUGGUUUUUUCGUUCUCUCCUCAUUUUUUGUUGCUCGCACACGUUGGUGCAAUUCGAUUUUCGGCCUCCGCGGUGGGAACAACCUUCACCGUGCGAAUCCCCCAAACGGACGUGACAUCAACGGUGAUACUGCCGCGCUGCUGAUGAGAAUGGUGAUGGAAAAAUAGUCCGGGUGCGAACAGGACCAUAAAAACCUCAACGAGAGCCAACACGCGCGAUUACGCCGACAGAGAGCAGUGGGAUUUUUUCGCCACCAGCACUCAUCCUGACAAAAAUGUGAAGUACUGCGAAAAAAAAAACUCGUGUGUGAAAAUAUAUUUAUUUGUGAUUUGAUACGGACACCGCAGAGUGGUGGUCCAAGGGGUGCUACAAUUGUGUGUUAAGUGACGAAUUCACGGCGGGCAUUCGGAACAGGGAAAAAACGUCCAACUCACGUGUUAUCCUGUUGUUGUUUUUGUUUUAUUUUUCGAACACGGCCGCGGAAACCUCGACACGGAGGUUGCAUCACACCCUCGAUUCACACCCGGUGUUCAAACAGUCAGUGACAGAGUGAUCCAAUCCAUCUCCCGCGCGCGCGUCGGGGGCGGACAGCUGGACUCGUCGAGAUAAACCGUAAACCGCAGUCGAAUACGUGUUGUACACUAUUGAGCAACCACCGACGCGCGGCUAGGCUCGGUCGGCUUCACCAAAAGGAAGGACAUCUGAACUUCCGCAGUGCUAUCGUUUGUGAGUAAAUACGAGUUGACGUGACGAGGAAAAAAAAUUGGCCGAACUGAUCUGGUGGUGCGACGCGGGACCCGAUUGAAUAGAUUAAUUUUUGCGGACAAAGUUGGCGUUCUCUCCCCGGUUCCUCGGGUACUCCUCCUGCAGUGACGACUGGUUCAACAUCAACAACCAUACAUAUAAUUGUAUUCAAUGAAGCAAUGCAGUCACCAAAUUAUUUUCAAUAAGUGAAUAAAAAAAGUGAACAGGUGGUGUACGAAUAGAAUUACCAGUGUGUACAAAGGAACAAAGCGACCGUCCGCAAACGUGAUAACAACAUAAAUCAAAGGAAAUUGAUAUUAAAAAUGCAUUUGACUACGAACAAUACGACGACAAACAGCGGUAGCUCGAACGGGAAUACAGUCGGUAGCAAUAACAAUGGUAGUGGAAGCGGCGGUGGAAGUAGUGGUGGUGGAAGUGGAGGAACCAAUAGCAGCAACAACAACAGCAGUAGUAGUAAUAACAACAACAGUAGCAACAACAACAACGGCAAUGGUGCAGCAGCUGGAGAAAAUGGUCCACCGUCGGCCGCCAGCAUACUGCAGGACACCUACACAAAGAUGACGUCCGAUAUACUGGCCGAACGGACGCUGGGCGAUUUUCUCUCCGAGCAUCCGGGCGAACUGAUUCGAACCGGGAGUCCUCUGUUUGUUUGCACGGUGCUGCCACCGCACUGGCGAUCGAAUAAAACACUUCCGGUUGCGUUCAAGGUCGUUGCGCUCGGUGACGUCGGCGACGGGACAAUGGUGACGGUUCGGGCCGGUAAUGACGAAAAUUACUGCGCCGAACUGCGAAACUGCACAGCUGUGAUGAAAAACCAAGUGGCCAAAUUCAACGACCUCCGGUUUGUGGGGAGAAGCGGACGAGGCAAAAGUUUUACCCUCACCAUAACGAUAUCAACGAGUCCUCCCCAAGUUGCCACCUACAACAAAGCCAUCAAGGUGACCGUCGACGGACCACGAGAGCCCCGGUCGAAAACAAUGUUGUCACCGCUUCUUCUAGGGCAACAGCAGCAGUUCCACUUUGCCUUCGGUCAGCGGCCCUUCCACUUCCCGGCGGAUCCACUGUCCAGCUUCCGGAUGCCACCCAUAGACAUGUCACAAUUUGGACUCGGUACGGCCAACUCCCACUGGAGCUACAGUUCAACAGGCCCGUACUCCCCCUAUCUGACGUCCUGCACCACACCAACCGCAGCUCAGUUCAACAAUCCCGCCCUCGGCUUCACAUGCUCCAGCGGUGAACAAAACGCAGGUCAAGACUUUACCAGCGCCGGAAGAGACUGCGUUCCAAUGCUUCCGGAUUCGACGGCAGCUGACCUGGACCAACACCUCAGUAGUCUCGUAGGAACGCAGCAAACCGCUCAAAUGACUCACCCCAGCUUGAUGACUACCAACGGAAGCAGUAACACCCCCGGAAACGGUACCAAUGGAAACGGAGUUACAUCCCAAGCUAACAGCAUCACAACAACUAACGGUUCCAACGGACUUCUAGUUCCUCGAUAUCAAAGCAAUUCUAGCAACAACGACUACACUCUCCACACCAGUCAAAGUGGACCUCGAAGUCUAAGCGAUUCAUCGCAAGCGGAGUCACCCGUUCAGGAGGAUCUGCUUUCGUCAAAUACGCCAAACUUGGGAGGUGCCGCCAAUCAGAACUUCUCCAGUUUAGUUGUCAACCAAAGUCAAGCCAAUUACGGUGCCAGUGGUGGAAGCUGCAAUGGUUCUCUGUAUCCGGUCCUCCCAGCGAGCCUGCUCUACUCUCAGCUCUACACGGCUGCCAAUCAAACCCACGGAUUCCACAACCAUCCCCUGCAGAACAGCCAUUCGACUUCGCAGAAUGCAUCCAUGCACGCCGGAGAGCUUCAGAGCGUGAUGGAUCAUUUGACGUCAACCACGACCAACGGGGGUCGGCAGCAUCCGAAUCUGAUGGCCAACAACCCGCACACUGAUCUCUCCCUCAUAGGAAACUGUGGAGCGAUGGCUCGAGGAGCGUUGGAGGAACCUGGUGCGAGAGCUCUCGCUGGAGGUCGUGGCGUUCCUCCGCAAGGCCAAGUCCAGUCCGAAAACGGGAACUCCGUCUGGAGACCAUACUGAGGAAAGCUUCAACCGUAGGGCUUAAGUGCAAUAUAAGUGAUUUCUUCAAAAUUUUCUGAUUGUUAUCUCCGAAGAAUAUGUUAACUGUUCUCUAGUUAUGUUGGUGUAUGAUUUAUUUGUUUCAAGAAAUUAAUUUCACUGACUAUUUGUAAAUAUUGAAAUUCAUCCGAUAGCAUUUGGACCCACGGUUGAUGUACACUAAAUUCUACAUGUUAUCAUACUGUGAAACGAAACUAAAGCUCACAAUAUGAUGAGGAGGCAGUGUUGCAUUCUACUCGUCAUUCGAUAUGUAAUGAGAUGUAUACCAUUGUAAGACAAGUUAGUGUAACGAUUCAUUCAAUUCAAAUGGAAACAAUGGAUUUAAACGCAAUGGAAACUCCAGCCACAACCUGUCCCAGUAAACCAAAUCCCAUGUAUUCGUAGUUACCAUAGAUAUGCAGCAGUUCAUCGCUAUUCCAGAACGCCCCCUAUUUUCUAUUGAAACCAAACUGAAAUCCUUAGCCAAAAUGUAGAGAAAUGAAGCGAAAGCCAUAGGCAGAAGAAAUAGCAAAGCAGGACUGUGUUUCCUAUCUUAAUGUGGAAUUUUAUCAAAUUAAUGGUAGAUGGAUGUGACACCGAAUAAAAUUGUAUGAAAUGUCUGAGCUCAUUCAGUAGUAGCAGAUAGUAGCGAAACUCUGGUCAAAGAUGUUUUAGAUAUGGUAGAGACUUCGUAUUUCUACACUGUAAAAUAAUGCUGUGAAUCGAUUACCAAAUAAACGCUAAAAUCCAAUCCUAA